AUGGCGCAAUCAGGUGUCGAACAACCACCGUUGAAUGGCGAAAAAGCGCCUGCUCCUGAACCGCGCAAAUUCAAGGCCUCAGAUCUUCCUCUACCUUCCGCGACAAGAGCAGCAAUAGAAUCGCUUGCCCAUAGCUUCAAGAAGGAGGGAGCCUACGAUUCUAUUCGAAAACAAGUUUGGGACAAGUUUGAAGCCAGCGAUUACGAGGCGCAGGUCACGAAAUCGAUUCUCGAGGUGGCCGAGCAGGAAAUUGAGCGCAACCCACAGCAGCUUCUCACACUUGACCGGAGAAAGGCUGCAGCUCUAAUCGAUGGCGCUUUAGAGAGAUCUGGGGUUUAUCACAAAGCUGAAGAUGUCAUCAGCCAGCUGAUCGAUGUGGGCGCCAUAGAGGAGCGAAUCCGCGAAACACGCCGGGCCGAAGUCGGCGAGGAAGCAGCUGAGGCAGAAAAGCUUCGAGGCGCCAAAACAGACGAAGAAUAUGAGGCUGAGACUGAGGCUCGACGUGCGGAGCGUGAAAAAGUUCGGGAAGAACUGCGACAAAAAGAGGCUGCAAUCGAGGAGGAGAAACGGAGGAUCCUCAAAGAGGAACGAAAGAAGGAAGAGCGAGAGCGAGAGAAAGCUGAAAUCAAACGCCAGGAAGAAAGAGAUGAGCGUCGCCGAAAGCGCGAACAAGAGCGCGAGGAACGUGAAAGACUACGAGAUAUUGAAAGAGAAAAGCGACACAAAGAGCGCGAGCGUGAUAGGGACCGAGACCGUGACACAAGGGAUAGAGAUAGAGACAGGGACAGGGACAGGGACCGCGAUCGGGGUAGGGACCGAGACCGAGAUCGCGACCGGGAUCGUCAUCGUGAUCAUGACCGACAUAGGGAUGAUCGCCACAAGGAGAAACCAGCGGUCUCUACAGAGCUGAAAGAGAAGCUCUCCAAAGAAGAACACGACCGACUGGAGCAAGAGGCUCUGGCCGAUCUGCUCCGCGAAAGCUCCAAGCCAGCCCAAAAGCAAGAGUUGGAGAUUGAUUCUUCCCUCGCACCGCCGCCACGCAAAACGGGGCCCGUUUCGGCUAUCAAUCCGAUCAGGCGAGAACGUUCGUCGAUUGCAGAGGGCCGCAAGACCAGCGAUGCAGGGCUCGGAGCUGAACGGGAUGGCCCUGGAACACCUGCACAGGCCAAGAGACCUGACGCGGACGAUCGAAAGCCGAGUCGUAGUGCUUCUCGGAUCGUCGACCGCGAUGGGGAUCGCGAGAGAGAUAGAGAACAGGCAUCAGUGGUUCGCGUGUUCGGGACAGACGUGACAGAAGCCGGUCUCGAGCUAGAAGGGACAGGACUCGUUCACGAACUGGCAGAGAGGACCGUGCGGUUAGAAGCCGAUCACGACCCAAGUAUGACCACUACGAGCGAAGCAGAUCCCGAAGGCGUGAUCGUAGCCGUUCUCGACCUAGAGUGGUCGAGCGAAGAGAGAGAAGCCAAUCUAGACCUAGACCCGAGCGCCGAGAUCGAAGCAGAGACAGAAGGGACCGCUCACGACUGCGCUCUGAUAGACGGGAAAGGAGCCGUUCCCGUACUCGACGUGAUCAGAGCAGGUCUCACGACACUCGCCUUGGUGGAGCUGAUCAUUAUGAUCCUCGAGAAAGAGACCGUGAACGAGACAGAGACCGACCUCGUGACCGAGAACGCGGCCGCGAGAGAUCUCCUCUGA